AUGAGCAGUACAGAAAAAAAGCGACCACCAUCAUAUGGCAAUAGAAAAGAUUGGAAGCCAAGAACCUUAGAAGACUUUGAAGAUGGAGGAGCAUUUCCCGAAAUUCAUAUAGCACAAUAUCCUAUGGAUAUGGGGCGCAAUAAAAUUAAUAAAAGUGGUGGAGCUCUUCCUUUACAAGUUGAUGCUGAAGGCAAUAUCCGUUUUGAUGAAAUCGCAAGACAAGGCCAUAAUGAAACUAAAGUAAUUCAUUCCCAAUUUAAAGAUUUGGUACCUAUGAACCAAAGAUCUGACAUAGAACAAGUAAAUUUGGAGAGGCCUAAUGAGGAUGAGGUUAAAGAAACAACUGAAAAAACGAGGGAUGCUUUAGAGAAGAUUGUUCAAGGCAAAAUUAGAGCAGCCCAACCAAAGAAUGUUAAAACUGACAAGCCAUCUGAACCAACAUAUAUAAGGUACACUCCUGGACAACAAGGCGAAUCAUAUAAUUCUGGUGCAGGACAGAGAAUAAUUAGAAUGGUAGAAAUGCCUGUUGAUCCAAUGGAACCUCCAAAAUUUAAGCAUAAAAAAAUUCCGCGUGGUCCACCAUCACCACCGGCGCCAGUGUUACAUUCUCCUCCUCGAAAAGUUUCUGCUAAAGAACAACAAGAAUGGGUUAUUCCCCCAUGUAUUUCAAAUUGGAAAAAUGCAAAGGGUUAUACUAUCCCACUUGAUAAACGUUUAGCGGCUGAUGGACGUGGAUUACAAGAAGUUACCAUAAAUGAUAAUUUCGCAAAAUUAUCCGAAGCACUUUUCGCUGCAGAUAGGCAUGCUCGUGAAGAAGUUCGACAACGUGCUUUGAUGAGAGAAAAAUUAUCUCAAAAAGAAAAGGAGGAGAAAGAAAAACGUCUUCGAAUGUUAGCGCAAAAGGCUCGAGAAGAAAGAGCUGGAAUUUCAAAAUCUACGAAUUUUUCUGGUUCAGUUGUUGCUGAAUCAGAGUCAGAGUCAGAAUCAGAUGAAGAAAAGGUUAAGGAGAGAGAAGACAUAAGGCAGGAUAGACGAAAAGAGCGAGAAAGAGAAUAUAGAUUAUCAAGAAUGGGUGCAGAACAAAGGGCCAAACAUCUAGCACGUGAACAAAACAGAGAUAUAUCUGAAAAAAUUGCAUUGGGUCUUGCAAAACCUACGGUCAGUAAAGAAAGUUUAUACGAUUCCCGAUUAUUUAAUCAAUCUGAAGGACUUUCAUCUGGAUUCAAAGAUGAAGAAGGUAAAAUCUGUGCUUCAAGUAUAUAUAAUCCUAAGAAGAAUUAUGACUCUGAUCAAUUUGGUGGUGGUAAUGAAGAGAGCAUUAACAAAAUGCUGAAUAACGAUAGAUUCGGUAUUAAUUCUAAAGUAUUCCAAGGAGCAGAUAAAACCCAGGUCAGAGAAGGACCCGUUGAAUUUGAAAAGGAAGAAGCUGAUCCAUUUGGAUUUAGCCAAUUUCUUGAUGAAGCUAAAAAAGGAAGCAAACGAGGAAUGGAUACUACGUAA